UUAUUGGCAAAAUGUGUGUUUGGCAGAAUAUGUUUACUAUUUACCCCUUGUUGUCAUUUGUUUUGUCUCUCUCAAUUAAAACAUACUCUCUCGUCUAUUUUACUUUCCCUCUUCCAUUCAGCCGCACUUACCGGCAACCAAAACAGAAAAAAAUUUCUUUUUUUCUCUAACAUUCUCUUCAAAUUCCUUUAUCUCUCAUUCACUUAAAAAAACUCCCCCGUUAUAAUAUAGGCAUUUUCUUAAUGAAAUUGGUGGGUAAAACGACUGAAAGGGAAUAGAAAGGAAAGGAAAAUAAAUAAAAUAUAAAAAAAUAUAUAUCUUCUUUUUUUGAGCGGCCAAAGCGAUGACUGGCAAGCUUGUUGUCAGUGAAAAAUCUUAAAAUGUCAUGGACGAGUUAUGAAAGCCUUUUAUUUAUUUUUUUUUUAAUUUUUUUUCUAUUUUUUUUGAAUUGAUGAUUGAAUAAAUGAGGGCUUUUUGGUAUUUUUUUUUACGUGAGAAGAAAAAAAAUUUUUGUUGAGAGAAAAUGGGGAGGGGUGUAAUGAAGCGGAUAAAAACAAAACAAAAAUGGAUUUUUAAAUUAGUAGAAGAAAAUAUAUAAAACUGAUUGGUG